AUCCCCAAUUUCUCUCUCACAUCUCUCAAUUCAAACGUCAUUCCCAAAUUCUUUCUCCCCCAAAUCUAAAUCCUAAAACCCUAACCCCAAAUCAACGCUUGCAAGUGCCAAUCCAUCUACCAGCGGCAACGAGGAGGCGAUUGCUGUUGUGUCGGCCAAGCAAGAAACUCGAACAGGUUCUUGGUCAUUUUGGUCUUCACGAGCACCGUCAGCUUCUCCACCGUGGCUUCGGCUUCUUCAAGAAACGCCCAGUUAAAAAGCGUCAACAAAGGGUAAUUUCAAAUACCUGGUGAAUAUGUUUCCAAAGGAUUGCAUGUGGUAGCUGUUGUUGGUGCUACAUUUCUUUGUGGAAGUUUUGCUCUCGGCUUUUAUCAUUUGGCAAGAAAAGGACUAUUUGCACAGAAUCAACAUGGUGUACCACUCUAGUUUCAUCGAUGAUGAAGAAAUUACUAAAGCAUGUGGUUGCCCUUUACUUCCCCUAAAAAGCCACAUAAAAGGGCCAGCUCCAGUUUCCGAACAAGAUAGCACGGAUAUUGUCGAUGAAGCAAUCACAUUCUUUCGUGCCAACGUCUAUUUUAGAAACUUUGACAUCCAGAGCUCAGCUGAUAAGCUUCUUAUCUACUUAACAUUCUAUAUAAAUAUCGCUCUAAAGAGGCUAGAAGGGUGCAGAACGUUGGCUGAAGGAACCAAAGCAAUUAUCAAUUUGGGGUUAGAACAGGUCCCUGUGCCUGGAGAACAUGGAUUUCCAUUCCCUGGACUAUUUGCUCAUCCACAGUCUCAAGAAGAAGCAGAGCUCUUCAGAAACUAUUUGAAGCAGAUACGGGAAGAAACCAGUGGGAGAUUAUUGAGCGUGGCAUAUAGAUCCAAUGGUACUCCAAACAAAUGGUGGUUGGCAUUUGCAAAGAGAAAGUUUAUGAACAUCAUUAUACCUUGAAGUUCGCUUCUACAGACAAUACAAUUAACAUGGCUUGACUACAGACUUCUGAAUACAAUCCAGCUGAAGUACUCUACAUUCGAGUUGUAUGUCCCCAGCAUGAUGCAAAGAUUGAACUCAGAAGGUUUAAUGGCUGGCUUUUUUGCGUGUGUAAUUGAUCUUCACAUGAUAGUCAUUUGAGGUACUCCAGCUGCUGUAUUAAAAUUAGAGCUCGAUCUGUAUUUAACUGCAAGGUGCCUGAUGGGUACUUCAUAUCUCAAUAAAUGAGGAUAUUCUCCAUAGAUGCCUAUUAUGAACACGUAUAAUUUUGUUGUAUUUGCUAUACUUUCAUAAGUUUCUAGAUUUUGUGAUUGAAAAGUUUCCA